GUAGUUUAGUCGGGAGCGCGCCUUGCUGGCAGUCGAACCAGAGGGAGUGAGUGGAUGUGGAGUGGUCUUUCCGCCACUGGUAAAAGUAAGACGAAGAGACACCCAGCAAGCAGCCCGGACAAGCAGCUUCUGAAGCCGCCUUGCCUACCGCAUUCACCCACAACCGACCAACUCUUCAAUUCUAAUUAAAUAUGUCUAAUAUCAUCUGCUGUCAAACCCCUCAGGUUAUAAUGCAUGACCAACACGGAAUAAGUACAACUCUAUAGCCAACGGGAUCACGAGGACUUGAUUACAGUCGCUUCAAGCCUGAUAGUUUGCUGGGGUGGAAGCCCUCCCUCUCCCUCCUGCUGCCACCUGUGUUGUCAACUAGCAUUUCUUUUGACAACUUUCUCAUCCCACUCCUUGGGUGAAGAAGACUGGAGUUUCCUUGAAUCUCUUGUCUCCUUUGCCUGUUUGAAUACCUUCCAUUCCUGUUCUACUCUUGCAGUGGCACUUCCCUGGAUUUGACUUAUUUUCCAUUAGGCAGACCAACCAAAUUAAGACAAAAUGAUUCCGAAUGGUUAUCUGAUCUUUGAGGAUGAGAGUUUCCUAGAUUCCACUGUGGCCAAAAUGAAUGCUCUGAGGAAGAGUGGUCAGUUCUGCGAUGUUAGACUGCAGGUAUGUGGCCAUGAGUUGAUGGCCCAUCGUGCUGUGCUGGCUUGCUGCAGUCCCUACCUGUUUGAGAUCUUCAAUAGUGACAUUGAACCUCACGGAGUCUCUCAUGUCACUUUUGAGGACCUGGACCCAGAGGCUGUGGAGAUCUUGCUAAACUAUGCCUACACUGCCCAGCUUAAGGCAGAUAAGGACCUGGUUAAGGAUGUUUACUCUGCCGCCAAAAGGUUCAAGAUGGAGCGAGUCAAGCAGAUUUGUGGCGACUACCUGCUGUCUAAGAUGGAUUUCCAGAACGUCAUUUCUUUUCGGAACUUUGCCAGCUCAAUGGGAGAUGCCAGAGUUUUGGCCAAAGUGGAUGCCUACAUUCAAGACCACCUACUGGAGGUGUCUGAACAGGAUGACUUCCUCAAACUUCCCCGCCUCAAGUUAGAAGUAAUGCUAGAAGACAACCUGACUCUGCCCAGCAAUGGCAAGCUUUACUCUAAGGUGCUAAACUGGGUGCAGCGCAGCAUUUGGGAGAAUGGAGAGCAACUGGAACAACUCAUGGAGGAGGUGCAAAUGCUGUACUACUCACCUGAUCACAAGCUGGUGGAUGGAGGGCUGGGGAUUGAGGGGCACACUGAGGUGUUUGGUGGCGAGGAGGACCACCUUCAGUUUGUGCAGAGGAAGCCGGUACGAGAGAGCACCAAGAGACAGAUGAGCUGCAGUUCCUCGGGAAGCCUUUCACCCUCUAACCAAGCAGCAAACGCCCCCAAACAAACUACCAGGAGAGAGUGGAAGUAUAUCGCCUCUGAGAAGACUGCAAACAACACUUACCUGUGUCUGGCUGUGCUGGAUGGAGUGUUGUGUGUGAUCUUCUUGCACGGCCGCAGUAGCCCCCAGACCUCCCCCUCUGCAACUCCUUGCCUGCUGAAGAGUCUGAGCUUUGAGGCUCAACCCGAGGAGCUGGAAGAGCAGCCGCUGUCCCCCAUGCGUUAUGCUCGCUCCGGACUGGGAACUGCAGCGCUCAACUCCAGGCUCAUCGCAGCAGGCGGCUACAACCGAGAGGAAUGUCUGAGGACUGUCGAGUGUUACGACCCCAAAGAAGACCGUUGGACCUUCAUUGCGCCCAUGCGAACUCCUAGGGCUCGUUUCCAAAUGGCUGUGCUGAUGGGAAAUCUCUACGUUAUCGGAGGAUCAAAUGGACAUUCUGAUGAGCUGAGCUGUGGAGAGAUGUACGAUCCGCUCGCUGACGAGUGGGCUCAGGUGCCCGAGCUCAGGACCAAUCGCUGCAAUGCAGGCGUCUGCUCCUUGAACAACAAACUGUACGUUGUGGGAGGAUCAGACCCCUACGGGCAGAAGGGACUGAAGAACUGUGAUGCGUUUGACCCAGUUGCCAAAACCUGGUCCGGCUGCGCCCCUCUCAACAUCAGGCGCCACCAGGCCGCAGUGUGCGAGUUGGAGGGUUUCAUGUAUGUGAUUGGAGGGGCCGAGUCCUGGAACUGUCUGAACGCAGUGGAACGCUACAAUCCUGAGAACAACACCUGGAGCCUGAUAGCCCCUAUGAACGUGGCUCGUAGAGGGGCCGGCGUGGCCGCCUGUGCCGGCAAACUCUUUGUGGUCGGCGGCUUCGACGGCUCCCACGCGCUCCGCUGCGUGGAGGUGUACGACCCGGCUCGAAACGAGUGGAGGAUGCUUGGCAGCAUGACCACAUCCCGCAGCAACGCGGGCGUGGUCACGCUGGGCGACACCAUCUUUGCUGUGGGCGGCUUCGACGGGAACGAGUUCUUGAACACAAUGGAGGUGUACAACCCGGAGGCGGAUGAGUGGAGCGACUGCAUCAAGGCCCUUUCCCCAUUUUCUGAGUGAUGCAGUGCUGCACCUUUUUCCCCAAACUAACAGGCUUAGUGACAUAAUCGUGUUUCGUGAUAUCCUGUGUGUGACUGUGUGAAUGGAUGUAUGGGCGGGAGGGUAGGGGGGUGGGUCCUGGAUGAGGGGUCUUCAGUGAAGACUGGCUUAUAUUAGGAGGGGCAGGCCGGGGCUUGUUGCCCAAAGCAACACAAAUGAAGCCUUCUCAUAUUGCGUACAUUUGUUCUACGUGCUGUACAUAUUGUUUAUCAUAUGCCAACAUUUAUUACAUACCUAGUGCUUUUUCUUUUUCUGACUUGAAACUGGAGGGGUUUCAGAUGGGUCAACUACUCAAAAUGCAAGUGUAAUUUUUUUUAUUUUUUUUUGUGCUUGGGAUGAUAUUUUGCUCACACAAGGUGGAUAUGAAGCCUUAUGAUUUAACAUCUAGCACGAUUUUUAAACAAUCUGGUUUGUGUUUCUAAUCUUAAAUAAUUGCCUUUUUAUAUUUUUAUACACUGCAAAUUUCUCAAAAAAGUAGCAGACAGCUUAGGUCAUCAACCAGUGCCAGUUUUAAGUUUUCUGUGCUCAUGUCACAUGCACAGCCAAGUUUCUGCUAACUAAGCAUUAGUUUUUGUGAUUAACUGAAGAUGUGGAUGCCGUUACUCAAAAGUGUCAAGCUGAGUUUUCUGGAAGGAGUGUUAUGAAUGAAGAAAAUUCUCACAUUUGUAAUAUUUCUUAAUAAAUAAAUCCAAUUAAUUUUU